AGCUCUGUUAAGCACCAAGAUGGGUUGGAGCUGCUCCCUGCUGCUGCCUUUGCUGCUACUGCUGCCUGUAGGGCUGCCCUCUGGCUCAGCACUGCUGCGGUACCGUUAUGACUGCGGGGACUUUGGCAUGCAGCUGCUGGCCUUCCCCAUGCGUGGCCGCACGGUGCGCUUCAAGGUCCUGGAUGAGUUUGGCACCCGCUUCGAAGUGGCCAACUGCUCCAUCUGCCUGCACUGGCUCAGCACUGGGGAGGACGGCGGGCUCAUCUUCUCAGCUGGCUACGAGGGCUGCCAUGUGUUGGUGAAGGACAGCCACUAUGUGCUGCGGGUUCAGCUGGAGGAGAUGCUUCUCAGUGGGGUGAUGGCUGCCUCCUACGAGGUGAACAUGACGUGCCCACGGCCGGCUGGCUACGAGAUCCUCAGGAAUGAGAAAGUGCAUGGCCACCACCAGCCUGACCGGGGCGAUGCUGCCCUGCCAAGUCAUGGUGCUGAUGUCCUCAUCCCCCAGCCACCAUCCGGCUCCCUGCAGCACAUAGCCCAUUCCUCCCUGGCCAUCCCCCAUCCCCAGCUGCCCCUCAGACCCCCCAUAGAGCAGAGUCAUCCUGUGGCACACACUCAGCCCAUCCUGGGGCACCAGGAACUGCAGGGCCAGCCUCAUCCUGGCAUGGGGCACCCAAGACCCCAGCCCCAAAACCAACCUGGGAUGACCCACGCUAGUGGUCAAACCCAUAUGGGUCUCCUUCGUCCAGGUCUUCAGUCCCAAAACCAGCCUGAGAUGGUGCAUGCUGGGGGUCAAAUACAAGCAGGGGUCCUUCGGCCAGGUCUUCAGUCCCAAAAUCAGCACAGACUGCUGAAUGCCGGUAGCCAAACCCAACUGGGUGUCCUUCGCCCUGGUCUUCAGACCCCAAAUCAGCAUGGAUUAGCACACCCAGGGAGUCAAACCCAACCAGGUGUCCUCCGCCCAGGUCUUCAGACCCAAAACCAGCAUGGAUUAGUGCUUCCAGGGAGUCAAACCCAACCAGGUGUCCUCCGCCCAGGUCUUCAGACCCAAAACCAGCAUGGAUUAGUGCUUCCAGGGAGUCAAACCCAACCAGGUGUCCUUCGUCCAGGUCUUCAGUCCCAAAGCCAGCAUGGGUUAGUGCACCCAGGGAGUGAAAUCCAACCAGGUGUCCUUCGUCCAGGUCUUCAGUCCUCAAACCAGCAUGGAUUAGUGCGUCCAGGGAGUGAAAUCCAACCAGGUGUCCUUCGCCCAGGUCUUCAGUCUCAAAGCCAGCAUGGAUUGGUGCAUCCAGGAGUUCAAACCCAACUGGGAGUCCUUCGCCCAGGUCUUCAGCUCCAGAACCAGCCUGGGCUGGUGCACGCCAGCAGUCAAACCCAAGCAGGUCUUUUUCACUCAGGUCUCCAGCACCCAAACCAGCCAAGCUUAGUGCAGCCUGGGCUGCAGCCCAGCUUGAUGCACACCAGUACUCAUACACAAGCAGGGUUUUUCCGUCCGGGCCUCCAACCCCAAGGCCAGCUGGGUUUGCUUCUCCCCAGCCUCCAGUCCCACUCCCAGGGCAGCCUCACUCGCCCCAGCCUCCAGAGCCAAGCAGGGCUGCUGCAAUCCAGCCAGCCCCGACCAGGGCUGCUGCGCCCAGGUCUGCCACCACGACCAGGGCUGGUGAGCCCAGGGUUGCAGUCCCAGGCCCAGGCUGGGCUGCUGCAUCCCACAGCUCUCUUCUACCCCUCGCCGGGGGCAGUGCUCCCCGCUCCAGGUGAGCCGCUGACACGGGAGCAGUGCCAGGUAGCAGCGGGGAGGCUGUCCUGCGUGUCCCCGCCGGGCCGUGAUGCCUGCCUGCAGGCAGGAUGCUGCUUUGAUGAUACAGACCGCACGACGCCCUGCUAUUACGGCAACACAGCCACCGUGCAGUGCCUACCCGAGGGCCACUUCGUGCUGGUGGUGCCGCGGGGGCUGUCGGCGCAGCCCUACAACCUGGACAGCGUUCGCCUGGCCAGCACCCAGCCUGGCUGCCAGCCCACCCAGACCACCGACGCCUUUGUGCUCUUCCACUUUCCCGUCACACAGUGUGGCACCACUGUGCAGGUGAUGGAGGACAGGCUAGUCUACGAGAACCAGCUCAUCUCCACCAUCGAUGUCCAGCCGGGGCCCCGUGGCUCUGUCACCCGUGACAGUGUCUACAUUCUCCAUGCCCGCUGCAUCUACAACGCCACUGAGCUGCUGCCGCUCAGCCUGGAGGUGGCCGUGCCCCCCACUGCUGCCCCUCUGGCACAGCCGGGGCCGCUCCAGCUGCAGUUGCGCAUCGCCACCGAUGAGAGCUACAGCUCCUACCACCCUGAUGCUGACUACCCGCUGGUGAAGGUGCUGCGGGACCCCAUCUACGUGGAGGUGCGGCUGCUGCAGAAGACUGACCCCAAUCUGGUGCUGGUGCUGCACCAGUGCUGGGCGGCCCCCAGCACCAGCCCGGCAGCCGAGCCCCAGUGGCCCAUCCUGGUGGACGGCUGCCCCUUUGCUGGGGACAACUACAGGACACAGCUGGUACCAGUGGGACCUGCCACACUGCAGAUGCCCUUCCCCAGCCACUACCAGCGCUUUGCCAUCUCCACCUUUGCCUUUGUGGACAGCCCUGCCACAGUGGUGCUGGAGGGAGAGGUGUACAUCCAGUGCAGUGCCUCAGUGUGCCACCUGGCACAGCCCGAGCCCUGCCGGCCCUCCUGCCAAGUGGCUGUGCCUUCCCGGGCCCGACGGGCUGCAAGGGACAGGAAGACAGCAGAUAUCUUGGGCACAGUCACCUCUGGGGGACACAUCGUCUUGCCCAAACGUCCUACAGCAAGGAGACACUGAGCACUGCUGCCUCCUUGCUCCUCCUCCUGGACAGGAGAGAAUCCCAACACUGGUCACAGUGGAGGCAAGUGGGAACAAUAAAUCAGCAACUGGCAAAGA